AUGGAGGGAGGCGCAGCGGGGGGCCCAGGGCACUGUGCCUUUCAACUCUGGGUGGGCAAUGUGCCAUUCGACGCGUCGGAGGUGGAGCUAAAGAAUGUGCUCUCAGUCGCUGGCAGGGUCCUUGGAGUUCGCGUUAAGUACGAUGCCGAAUCAGGCCAGUCCAAGGGAUUCGGCUUUGUAGACUUCCCGGAUCUGGAGAGCUGCUUGCUGCUGCUGCAGCAGCAGCAGCAGCAGCCCAUUGAGCUGAGGGGACGCAAGCUGAAGCUGGACUGGGCAACGGCAGAGUUGAGGGAGGCAUACGGCAGCGGAACAAAUGCCAUCGGCGUUGCGGGAGGCCGUCAGACCAAGGAAGCAAAGUGGAGCCGUGCAGCCUCAAGGCCAGAGAUCAGCGGAGGGAAAACAAGAGUGAUCGGGCUGUCUGGAGCAGCUACUGCUGGACUUUCUGGGAGUCGAGCAGCCAGUGGCGGUGCUGCUGCCGCGGCUGCUGCCUCCCUUAUGGGAUACUCACCUUCGGACCCUUUCGCAGCUGCUCCGGGGGUCCUGCCUUCGUUCGUUUGCGAGUUUAUGCAGUGUCUGUCCACCUCCCACCUUUUGCAGCUGCUGCAUCAUAUGCAGCAGCUGGCGCAACAGCAUCCCCACGGCUGCCGCCGCUUCCUUACAGAUAACCCCUCCCUCACAUAUGCCCUCCUCUUUGCCAUGUAUCUGGUAGGUGCUGUCAGCAGCAAGGAUCUCACGACAGCGGAGUCAGAGAUGCAGCAGCACACGCAGCAACAGCAGCCGCAGCAGCAACUGCAAAUGGCUGUUACCUUUGAUGCACUCAAGAGGCUCCCCGAGUUCGAGAGGAAGCAGCUGCAACGCAAUAGGGAAGAGAGGCAACAGCAACUCAAAGCAGCAAGCGUGCUCCCCACUCGCGUCGAACCGGCAGCAGCAGCCACUGCUACAGCAGCAACAAGCCCCGCUACAGCAGCAGCAGCCACUGCUACAGCAGCAACACAGCAGCAGCCACAGGCGAAGCCUUCUUUGUUGAGUCAAAUCCCCGUAUCCACUCCUGCCGCCAGUGGGUCAGUCGCUACAGACCUCACACACGGAGCAUCAGCAGCAACUGCAGGAAAUAUAAAUGCUCAAGCACAGAAGCGAUGGCCUUUGGUUUCCCCUGCCGGCAGUUUGGCGCAGCCAGGAGUGCUAGGAGCUCCUGCCGCUGCCAAAGGUGCAGGUGGGGCCCCUGAGGGGGCCCUCUUAGCCCAGUCCGCCUCCGCUGCUGCUGCCCCCCCUUCUGCGCGUCCUCCUCCAGCGGCUUUGCGGACAGAAUCCGCUUCUGGAGGGUUGCCUUCCACUGCAGCAGCGGCAGCAGCACCGGCACAUGAGGCGGCUUCGGCUGAUGUAUCACCCGCUGGAGGGCAGGGGAUCUCUCAAGGGGCCUCCAUGCGUCAGUGGGCUGCAGCACCGAAGGCGUCAACGCCGCCAGUGUCUCUGCUUCCGACUGCAAGAGCUGGGGCGUCUUCAGUGCAGGGGGCCUCUUCUUCUCCCUCAGGGGGUUUGCCUGGUGAGCUAUGGCGUUUUCUGUCACUUGCUACGCUCUGUGCAGCAAAUCGCCCUCAGCCGAAUCAUCCGGCGUGGGAAGUACCCCCUGCGGCGGCCAACUUAGUGGGUACGUUGAGCGUGGAAAACCUUGCUUGUCACGGAGCUUAUUGUACCCGUAGCAGCUUAGAUCGAUCUUCACUGAGCGGUACAGCUCCCUUUUGUUGGCACAGCCCCGUAGGUGAUGAGUGGUGUUGCUGCUGCAGUGCAGCUUGCGGCCCUGUAGUGUCGGUGUUGCGCUGGGCGCAGCCAGGAAGAUGCUGGGGUGCUCGCCUGCAUCAGCGUGUUGUUGAGUGCUGUUAUUUUGGCGCAGGCUCUACUACGGCGGGGGUACCAAGUGGCCAUGUAGCUCGAAGGAACACGUCUGAAGCCACUCUUUAUAUUGAAGGUAUUAAAGGACUCUUAUUCUAUUCGGUGCUGCGGGCAGAGGCAGGCACGCGAGUCGCUGCAGUUUUACUGCAGGAUAUGCAGAACGCAACCGAUGUAAAGCCCAAUGCACUGUGCGUGUAA